AUGUGGCUCCGCAAACCACAACUCAAUCUAUUUGCAAUUUUAAUAACGUUGGUAUUCUUUCUAAGACCUGUGUCUUUGUACUACAAAUUUACAAACGUCCAGUGUGAGGAUCAUGAUUUGAAAUUUUCCCACUUUCAAACCUGCAAUUUAAAGGUGGUGCGCCGCGGUGUAGUGGCUUUGAAUAUUCAUGUGAAUUUAUUGAAAACUCCGGUUACAAAUUCCACAAUAAAUAUAGCUUUUUAUAAACGUGCCAAUGGUUAUCGUCCAUUCUUGUGGAAUAUCACCGAAGAUGUGUGUCUGUUUUUCGGUCGUCGUAAUCGUUAUCCAGUUUUGAAAUUUAUGUUCAACUUAUUUUUGCAACACUCAACUCUAAAUCAUACUUGUCCAUAUAAUGAUGAUAUCAUUGUCAAGGAAUUAAUUUUAGAUGAGAAAGGCUUUCAGGUGGCUCCAUUUCCAGUUGGUCAAUAUUUACUUAAAUUAAAGGUUUUCGCCUACAAUGAUUUAAAAGCAACUGUAUCGGCAUAUUUUCAUGUUACAUAG